AUGUGUGCUCGGGAAAAAAGAAAGUUCCUACUUGCAGGCAAAGAUCGACUGAUUCCAUUCAAUUUAUUUCCUCCUUAUUCGUCUCAUGAUGAAGACAAAUCUCUUCAGCUCCAGCCUUCUCUACACAGAUUUAAAGGCUGGAAAGAGUGUACUGGGGGAGUUUCUGAUGAAAACGAUUAUUUCGAAACGACUGACUCGGAUGAAUUUUUCGAAACUACGACAAUAUCCCAGCUGAAAGAUGGAGAACAAAAAAUAAGUGAAUAUAUCUUAAAGGUCAUUGAACAUUACAAGCAACCGAAUCCCGAGGGACUGCCGGGAGUGGGAUCACAACCAUACGGCGUCCCAGAUUCAAGGAAAUCCGUGGGAUUAUUUAGUAGUAUAGAUUUUAUAAACACUGAGGUCUAUGGUAUAAAUAAAUUUCGUGUUAUUUACGUUAAUCUUGACGUUGAAAAUAUGGAGGGACGCGCAGCCUUAGAAAUAGACAAUCUUCAUAUACGAGGAAGAUAUUCUUUGAAUGCUUUCCUUAAUUCAAACUACGGAGGCUUUACUGCGAAUAUAACUGGAAUUAAAAUCACUGCGCUAACAACCCUUGGGGUUGAACGAGACGGGAAAUUAAGAGCCCAUGAUAUAAGUAUGGAUGUAAAUUUCAAUAAUAUAGCUGUAAAUUUUGAGAACUCUGGAAUAUUAGUGAGUUUACUGCAAGGAGUUUUCAACUCCAUAGGGACAAUUCUAUUCGAAUCUAUCAAACCUAAUCUACUUAAAGAAGCCUAUACUAACAUGAGGAUAGAAAUUAAUAAGAAAAUUGAUCAGGUUGUUGGCGAUAUUGAGUUUCCCAAUACAAUUACUCCAUUGGACAUGGUUAUUGUUGAUGUUCGCAAUAAAAUAAGAGAUGUAAAUAUGGACCCACUCAGAAUAGACGAUUACAAUACAAGCGCUGCUUUGGUAGAUAUUUAUUUGAAAAAUACCUGGUUAUACGGUCUUUCGACGUUAAAUAGAGUGGGUAAUGUUAGUUUGAAGAUUGAGAAUAAAACGGUAGUCGCUGAUUUUAGUAUUGGUACAGAGGAGAUGUUGGGUUCUACGGAUUGGGAGAUUUCUGGAUGCAGAGGACUGAUUUCCAGUUUUGGGUCGAGCUCCUUUUCAGUGAAAUACAUAAGAGGUCACUUUAUUCUCGCUCAACCAUUGGAUACCAGACAACGAAUGAUGUUAAAAACUCUUGAACUUGAUGUGGGUAACAUACAACUUAGGUUCGACGGAGCUGGAACGCUUGAUUAUAUAUUGGAAUUCUCUACUAAUAUACUACCAAAUGUACUAAGAUACCAAAUAGUUGAUGCCAUACAGAAUCCCCUUAAAUGGAAGCUUCAGAGUGAGUUAGACCAGAUCGAUAUAGAAGAAGCCAUUAAAAAUGAGUUACCCAGAAUAGAUAAACUUCAAGAAGAAGGCUUUCAGCUUGCGAUGCUCCGUUUUAUAAAUAAGACUAGUGAUAAUUACGAUGAAGACGAAUUCUUUAACUUUUAA